AUGGGGAAACGCUUGACAUUAGUGCUUUUGGUACUACUGCAGUUCUUAUGCAGUUGCAAAGGAAACCAAAGGAAGGAGCAGUCAUUACGGUUCACGCACGUCAUUUAUAACACCACUAUAUAUGAAAACUCUGCAGCAAAGACCUAUUUAGAAAGCCGAGUUAAAAUGGGCAUUUAUAUCACAGAGCCGGCCUUGGAAAUACGGUACAAAAUAAUUUCUGGAGAUACCGAGAACUUAUUCAAAGCUGAAGAGCACGUUGUGGGAGAUUUCUGCUUCUUGCGUAUAAGGACCAAAGGAGGCAAUUCUGCUGUUCUCAACAGGGAAGUACAAGACCACUAUUUACUUACGGUGAAAGCACUUGAAAGAGGGACCAGUGCCGAAACCCGGGCAAGAGUUAAGGUGCGAGUUCUCGACACAAACGAUCUGAGGCCUCUGUUCUCACCAACCUCCUACAGCGUCUAUCUUCCUGAAAAUACGCCAGUGAGAAGCAGUGUUGCCAGGGUUACUGCCACGGAUGCUGACAUUGGCACAAACGGAGAGUAUUACUACAGUUUUCGGGAUUGGACUGACAUGUUCGCCAUUCAUCCCACCAGCGGCAUUGUAACUCUCACGAGUAAGCUGGAUUAUUCAGACACGAGGUUGUACGAGAUGGACGUCUUGGCGGAAGACCGCGGCAUGAAGCUGUAUGGAAGCAGUGGCUUCAGCAGCAUGGCUAAGCUGACGGUGAGGGUGGAGCAGGCUAACGAACAUGCCCCUGUUAUCACCGCUGUCACGUUAGCUCCUACACAGAGUGACCGAGAUCCUACUUACGCCAUUGUUACGGUCGAUGAUGCUGACCAAGGGGCAAAUGGUGAAAUAGCAUCGUUGAGUAUUGUGGCAGGAGAUCCUCUGCAACAGUUUAAGACCUUACGAACUAGCCCUGGAAGCAAGGAAUAUAAGAUUAAAGCUGUUCAUGGUGUAGACUGGGACGGUCAGCCUUAUGGGUACAAUCUCACUUUGCAAGCCAAGGAUAAAGGGAGUCCCCCCCAGUUUUCAGCUGUGAAAGUAGUUCAUGUGAUGUCCCCUCAGUUAAAAGUGGUGCCUCCUAAAUUUGAAAAGAGCAUUUAUUAUGUAAAACUGAGUGAAUUCUCUCCACUUCAUACACCUGUUGUAACGGUCAGAGCUUUGCCAACACAUCCCCAGUUAAAGUACAUUCUAAAACAUAACAUGUUCACUCUGAAUCCAGAAACGGGGUUAAUUACAACGGCUGGACGUCUCCGAGUGGAGGACGCUGCCAAGUUUGAGUUGGACGUUACAACUAGUGACAGAAGUGCCGCAACCAAAGUGGUCAUUGACGUGAUUGAUGUGAAUAACAAUGCUCCCGAGUUUCUCCAGACCUCCUACAAAGCCGGUAUCGACGAGCACGUGCCAAUAGGGACGGAAGUGCUGACGGUCAGCGCCAGCGAUGCGGACGCGGGCGAGAACGGUUUCAUCACCUACAGCAUCGCCAACGCCAGUCCGCAGCCGUUCAACAUCGACUCUUUCACCGGCGUCGUCAGCACCGCGGGAGAUUUGGAUUACGAGCUCAUGCCGAGGAUUUACAAUCUGAGAGUGCGAGCCUCGGACUGGGGCUCCCCUUUCCGGCGGGAAACGGAGGCCUCCGUCACGGUCACGCUGAACAACCUGAACGACAACAAGCCGUUGUUUGAGAAUGUGGACUGUAAAGUGAGCCUGCCGAGAGACUUUGGGGUCCGCAAACAUAUCGCGACAGUGUCCGCGAUUGACGCGGAUGAGUUGCAGCUGGUGCAGUACGAAAUCGAGUCUGGUAACGAUCACAAGCUCUUUGAUUUGAACCCUAAUUCUGGCGUGCUGUCACUGCAGCGGCCAUUAGGCGAUGGUGAGGGGGCACAACUUCAUUUCCAUUCCUUACUAAUCACUGCCAGUGAUGGAGAAUACACGACUCCCCCGAUGACUGUGAACAUCACGGUCAGUGCUCCUGGUGCACCUGUUCAUGUGAAAUGCGUUGACACAGGGGUAGCUAAAAUGCUAGCCAAAAGGUUGCUUCAGGGCUCUAACAUCCACAGUCACAUGGAACCUGAAAAUAACUUUGUAGACAUCCAUUCAGUUAACCGCCACACACCACAGUUAAAGGACACUUUUCCCGGCGUAAUUGAUGUUAAAGAAGACCUUCCGGUCGGUGCCCGGGUCGCGCUCAUAGAUGCCACAGAUCCCGAUAGCGGCUUUAAUGGAAAAUUGGUUUUUGUGAUUUCUGGAGGAGAUACAGAGAGCCGAUUUGUCAUUGAAAUGGACACUGGUUGGCUCAAGGUCUACGCCCCGCUUGACAGAGAAACAACCGGUCAUUAUACUUUGAACAUCACUGUGUACGAUCUGGGAGUGCCCCAGAAGUCAAUAUCGCGCCUCCUGGAUGUUAAUAUAAUUGACUCGAACGAUAACAGCCCAGAGUUCCUGCAGGACAGUUACUCUGUGGUAAUUAGUGAAGACACAGCUGUGGGCACUGAUGUAAUUCAGGUUGAAGCCAGGGAUAAAGACUUGGGUGUCAAUGGGAAGGUCCGGUACUCAUUUGUGGCUAACACAAACAUGUUUUCCAUCGAUACGGAGACUGGUGUGGUGAAGGUGAAAAGUCCACUGGACCGUGAGGUGCAUCCCGUGCUCAUCCUGAAGGUUGCGGCACGUGAUCAGGCCACUGACGAGCCUCAGCUUGUGUCAAUGGUGUCGUUGAAAGUGACGUUGGAGGACGUCAACGACAACCCUCCUCGGUUUUUUCCGCCUAGCCACCGCGUGAGAGUGCGGGAAGAUCUCCCCGUUGGGACUGUGGUCACCUGGCUGGACGCCCACGAUCCUGAUGCCGGAAACUCCGGUCAGGUUCGCUACAGCCUGCCGGACAGCGGAGACGGAGACUUUGUGGCGGACAAGCUGAGCGGAGCUGUGAGGAUUGCUCAGAGUCUGGAUUACGAGAAGAAGCAGGUGUACAACUUGACGGCGAAGGCUAAGGACAAAGGAAGGCCGGUCUCUUUGUCUUCGACCUGUUACAUUGAGCUGGAGGUUGUGGAUGUGAAUGAGAAUCUGUAUCGCCCUUGGUUCCCUUCCUUUGCUGUUACGGGCUCAGUUAAAGAGGAUGCCAUUGUUGGUACGUCAGUUCUGAAAGUUACUGCAAAGGAUGAAGACAAAGGCAGAGAUGGAGAAGUCAGGUACUCCUUACGGGAUGGGUCAGGCCUUGGAAUAUUCACUAUUGAUGAAGAGAGUGGUGUCAUAAGAACGGAAGAACUGCUGGACCACGAGACCACCCCACAUUACUGGCUGACCGUUUACGCCAUCGACCAAGGUGUGGUGCCCCUCUCGUCCUUCAUCCAAGUCUUCGUCGAGGUGGAGGACGUCAACGACAAUGCCCCCCAGACGUCAGAGCCGGUCUAUUACCCUUCAGUGCUGGAGAACUCCCCGAAGGACGUCUCUGUCAUUCACAUCCAGGCCUUUGAUCCGGACACCAGGUCCAGUGACAAGCUAUCCUACAAGAUAACCAGCGGGAAUCCCCAGGGGUUCUUCGCCAUCAAUCCCAAGACUGGUCUGGUCAUGACUACUUCAAGACGACUGGACAGAGAACAGCAGGGGGAGCAUAUUCUUGAGGUCACGGUGACGGAUCACGGCCAGCCUCCCAAGUCCACCGUGGUGAGAGUGAUCGUCCAGGUGCAGGACGAGAACGACAACAGGCCCCAGUUCCUGGAGAAGGUCUACAAAAUCAAGCUCCCGGAGAGAGGGAAGGGCGAGCGGGAGAGGACGGGGGGCAGGGAGCCCGUGUACAGGGUCAUCGCCUCGGACAGGGACGAGGGCCCCAACGCAGAAAUAUCCUACAGCGUGGAGGAGGGAGACGAACACGGCAAGUUCUUCAUCGAACCCAAAACGGGGCUGGUGUCUACCAAGAAGGCUUCGUCCGCUGGAGAGUAUGACAUUCUCUCGAUUAAAGCCGUGGACAAUGGCCGCCCUCAGAAGUCCGCCUCCUGCCGGCUUCACAUCGAGUGGAUCCCGAAGCCGCCGCCAUCCGCCCGGCCGCUGAGCUUCGACGAGUCUCCCUUCAGCUUCUCCGUCAUGGAGAGCGACCCCGUCUCGCACAUGGUGGGGGUCAUCGCCACGGAGACCACGGACACGCCCGUCUGGUUCGACAUCACAGGAGACACGCAGGCUAAAGAAAUGUUUCACAUCAUUCAGAUGGCUUGUGACCUGAACUGUACAGCAGAAGGUGGUAAUUUUGACAGUCGCUUCGAUGUGAACAAGGGCAGUGGAACCAUUGUUUUGGCCAGGCCUCUCCGUGCAGGACAGAAUUCACAUUACAACCUGACAGUGGAGGCAACAGAUGGAACAAGCACUAUCAGCACCCAGGUAUCCAUCCGAGUAAUUGAUACAAACGACCACCGGCCGCGGUUCUCCCAGCACAAGUACGAGAUCAGCAUCCCGGAGGACACCCCUGCCGAGACGGAGAUCCUCCGGAUCAGCGCCAGCGACGAAGACGAGAGGAACAAGAUGACCUACACGCUCCUCAGCAGCACCGACCCCUUCAGCCUGAGGAAGUUCCGGCUGGACCCGGGGACCGGCCUGCUCUACACGGCUGAGAGUCUGGACCACGAGACCAUGCGCAGGCACACCCUCACCGUCAUGGUGCGCGAUCAGGACAUUCCCGUGAAGCGUAACCUGGCGAGGGUGAUCAUUAACGUGGCGGACGCUAACGACAACGCGCCACGCUUCAUCAGCCCGUCGUACGCAGCCCGCGUGCCGGAGUCGGCCGCACCGGGCUCUGCCGUGGUUCAGCUCUCCGCUCUGGACAAAGACAAGGGCCAAAACGCUGAGAUCCUCUACAGCAUCGAGUCCGGAAAUCUGGCGAAUUCCUUUGCCAUCGAUCCUGUUUUGGGCACCAUAACUGUGGAGAGGGAGCUGGAGGGCAGCAGCGCGUUUGAGCUGGCGGUGAAAGCGUCUGAUAAAGGCCUACCUCCGCUCAGCGCCCUGACAACCAUCCACAUCACUGUCACCAUCUCUGAUAACGCCAAGCCCAAGUUCGCCGAGCGGGAGUUCUCCACAGAAAUCAGCGAGAUGGCAGCUGUGGGGAGUUUCGUGAGCGCAGUUACUGCCUCCAGUCAGUCCUCCGUCUUCUACCAAAUCAAAGACGGAAACGUCAACGGCGCGUUCGACAUCAAUCCCAGCUCUGGCGUUGUGGUGAUUCGAAGGACCCUGGACUAUGAGACUUUGUGUCUGUACAGACUGACCGUGCAAGGCACCAACAUGGCUGGCAUGGUGAGCAACGCCACACUCAUUGUUCGCCUGAUAGAUGAGAACGACAACGCCCCCGUCUUCGCCCAGGCGGAUUUCACGGGCGCGGUCAGUGAAUUGGCUCCUUUCAACAGCAUCAUUUUAACCCAGGACCAAUCCCCACUAGUGAUACGAGCUUCAGACGCUGACAGUGAUCUGAACGGCAGGCUGGUUUAUGAGAUCGUCGAGCAGUUCGCCCACAAGUACUUUACGAUUGAUUCAAGCACGGGAGCCAUUCGGACUGUCAGCAGCCUGGAUUAUGAACAGAGGAGCAGUUUCCGAUUCACUGUGCAGGUCCACGAUUUGGGAAUACCACACUUAUUUGCCGAGAGGCCCGCCAAUGUCACAGUCCGAGUUGUGGAUAUCAACGACUGCCCCCCGCAGUUCAGCCAGGAUGUGUACGAGGCGUCUAUCCUGGUGCCAACUUACAAAGGGGUCAAAGUGAUGACAGUGAAUGCCACGGACGCAGACGGUGACAGACAUUCUAAACUACUGUUCUCCAUUUCCAACGGCAACGCGGGCGGCCGGUUUCAGAUGGACCCGAUUUCUGGCGCCAUCUUUGUGGAGAACGCCACACAGCUGCGGAGCAGGUACGAGCUGACUGUGAGGGUCUCCGAUGGGAGGUUCGUCAGCAUUGCAUCUGUGCACAUCAACGUGAGGGAGAAUAAGAACAGCUCUCUGAAGUUUACCCGGGACCCGUACACUGCCCACGUUCCGGAAAACUCUCCCGAAAAGAGAACUCUUUCCAUCGUCGCCAUUCGGGGCAGCCCCAUCAACGAGCCCCUGUUUUACACCAUUCUGAACCCAGACAGGAGGUUUACAAUCGGACGUACUUCAGGGGUGCUAUCCACCACAGGCGUGCCCUUUGACCGUGAAGAGCAGGACAGAUUCGAUGUAGUUGUGGAAGUGGCAAAGGCAGAAAGGUCAUCUGGUUUCGCUCAUGUCUUAGUAAAAGUGACUGUUGAUGAUGUGAAUGACAACGAGCCAGUAUUUCUUAACCUACCCUAUCAAGUGUCUCUGGUGCAAAGGAAUGCCAUGGCGGGUCAUAUCAUUAGACAGGUCGCUGCAGUGGACGAAGACACUGGCAGAAAUGCAGAGAUACACUACAGCCUGAGGAAUCAUCACGAGCAUUUUAAAAUAAGCCCUUUGGGUGAAAUUUCUCUGAAACGGUCAUUUGAGCUGGAAACACCGAGCUCUGAGUUUGUGAUUAACGUUUUGGCCAAAGACGGUGGAGAACCACCACUUUUGUCUACGGCGGAAGUGAGGAUCGGCGUAGUGGACAAGGCCGUGCCCGUGUUCGAAAAAACGUUUUAUAAAAUAGAGAUUCUGGAGAAUAUGCAGUUACAUACUCCAGUAGUGCAUGUCCAAGCCAGUGGCUCAGAGGGUCCUGGUGUAGGGUACAGCAUUACUGAAGGGGACCCGUUCAGUCAGUUCUCCAUUGAUUUCAACACAGGGGUCCUGUAUGCAGUGCAGCCUUUGGAUUACGAAACUCAUCCUGCCUAUAAGCUGAGUGUGAGAGCGACAGACUCGCUGACAGGCGCCCACACCCAGGUUUUUGUUGACAUCAUAUUGGAGGAUGUCAACGAUAACGCUCCUGUGUUUGAAGUGGAGGCGUAUACUGUCAGUCUUUCCGAAGCCUCAGUAAUUGGCACAUCGGUGCUGCAGGUGACAGCCACCGACUCGGAUUCCAGCAGCAACAGAGUGCUCUUUUAUCAGUUCGUCGAAGACAAGGGCGAGAGUUUCGACUGCUUCAGCGUUGACCGCGACAGCGGGGUACUCUCCACGGCCUGCGCUUUGGACCGUGAGGAAGUGAAGCAGCAUAAACUGGUGGUUAGAGCCAUUGACGGGGGCGUGCCCGCCCUGUCCAGUGAUGUCGCCGUGCUAAUCGAGGUAACGGAUCUGAACGACAACGCGCCGGUCUUCACCCAGCGUGCGUAUGAGGCCAGCAUCAGCGAGCUCGCCCCUCAGGGGCACUUAGUCACGUGCGUGCAGGCCUCCGACGCAGACAGCACAGACUCCGGCAACCUGGAGUACUCUCUGCUGUCUGGAAAUGAGGACCAGAGCUUUGCCAUCGAUAGCAAGAGUGGGCAGAUUACCGUCUCAACUCACCGCAAAACGCCAAUGCAGCCACUGUACAACUUGAACGUUUCAGUGUCCGACGGAGUCUUCCGGAACUCAGCCACGGUCAGACUCCGGGUUAUAGGCGCAAACUCCCACAGUCCCACGUUCCCUCAGAUCGACUAUGUGGUUGAGCUUUCUGAGAGCUCACCCAUCGGCACACUGGUUACAGAAAUCAAAGCCACCGAUGAAGAUGCCGGAACUUACGGCCGAGUGAUGUACUAUAUAGUGAAUGGCUUCGCUAAGGAGAGGUUUUCCGUCAAUGAAGAAGGGCAGAUUUUCACAGUGGAGAAAGUCGAUCGCGAAAAGCCUUCUGAGAAAGUUGUUCCCAUAAGCUUGAUGGCCAAAGACGGUGGUGGAAAGGUUGCCUUUUGCACUGUCAGUGUGGUCCUGACUGACGUCAAUGACAAUACUCCACAGUUCUUGGCAGCUGAAUACAGGGCGAACGUGGCAUCUGACGUCCCGAGGGGAACCACAGUCGUCAGAAUUACAGCCACGGACAUGGACGAAGGGACAAACGCAGACAUUACCUACUCCAUCGAGGCGGACGAUGAGAAUGUUGAUGAAAACUUUGAAAUACACCCCUUCAGUGGUGUGGUUGUAACUAAAGAAAGCCUAAUUGGCCUGGAAAACGACCUGUGUGCUUUCUAUGUAAGAGCCAAAGAUGCUGGGAAUCCAACUAGGCACUCUGUUGUACCUGUUUAUAUUAAAGUACUGCCCACUGAAGUGCCUGUGCUGAAGUUUCUAGAGCCCCAUUACAGGUUUGCAGUUGCUGAAGAUCUCCCCAUUGGAUCAGAGAUUGGUAUUAUCCAGACUGAGAGUGAACAUCUUGUGGUUUACAGUCUCGUCAAAGGAAAUACACCCGAGAGCAACCAGGAUGAGGUCUUUGUAGUUGAGAGAGACACAGGGAGGCUAAACCUGGAGAAAGAACUUGACUAUGAGACCACAAAAUGGUACCAGUUAACAUUACUAGCGCAAAUAACCUUUGAAGGAGAUGACAUCAUGACCGCUGUGGACAUAUACAUCCAGAUAAAGGACGUCAAUGACAACAGACCUCAGUUUGAGUCCGACCCUUACGAGGCCUUUGUCGCGGAGAACCUGCCGGAAGGAACUUUGGUGAUCCCAGUGAAAGCCGUUGACCUUGACGCCGGCGACAAUGGCCAAAUCCUGUACAGCCUGGAUGAGAAGCAGGAGAGCGAGGAUAUCGGCGAGCUCUUCGCCAUCGAUGGCGAAACGGGCUGGAUUACAACACUGAGGGAGCUGGACCGCGAGAAGCGAGCCGCGUACGCUGUGGCCGUGGUGGCCUCCGACCGAGGAGAGACGGAGCGGCUGGCGGCCUCUGCGACGGUGCGGGUCGCCGUGGCGGACGUGAACGACAGCCCCCCGCGCUUCACGGCCGAACUCUACCAAGGCACCGUGAGCGAGGACGACCCCCUGCCCAGCGGGGUGGUCGCCAUCCUGAGCACCACGGACGCCGACUCCGAAGACAUGAACACACAAGUCAGCUACUUCAUCACAGGCGGGGACCCUCUGGGACAGUUCGGCAUUGAGCACACUCAGAAGGACUGGAAAGUCUCCGUCCGGAAGCCCCUCGACCGGGAGGAACGAGACAAUUACCUCCUAAAUAUCACGGCCACUGACGGAACCUUUGUAGCAAAGGCCGCCGUGGAGGUGAAGGUCCUGGACGCCAACGACAACAGCCCCGUUUGCGAGAAGACCCUCUACGCUGAGACCGUACCUGAGAAUGCCCUCCCAGGAAGGCUGGUCUUAGAAAUCUCUGCCACUGAUGCAGACAUUCGCUCCAAUGCAGAAGUCUCUUACGUGCUGUACGGUGCAGGAUCGGAGCUGUUCAACAUGGACUCACAUACAGGUGAGCUGAGGACCCUCCUGCCCUUGGACCGGGAGGAGAGGGCCGUGUACGACCUGCAGGUUCGAGCCUUGGACGGGGGUGGGCGCUCCUGUGAGACGCGGGUCAGGAUCACCCUGGAGGACGUCAACGACAACGCGCCGCAGUUUGCGUCCGAAACCGUCCCCGUCACCGUCUUCGAGAACACCGAGGUUCACACCUACGUUGCUCGACUGCUGGCUGGCGACGCCGAUUUUGGUUUGAACGGUGAUAUUCUGUACUCGCUUGUGGACUCUGCGGAUGGGCAGUUCUCCGUUGACGAGCGGUCGGGGAUCAUGAGCCUGGAGAAACCUCUGGACCGGCUGGUCCAGGCGGUGUUCACGCUCCGGGCCCAGGCUGUGGACCAGGGCGCCCCCCGCAGGCUGUCCUCGACCUGCUCGGUGGUGGUCUCCGUGCUGGACAUCAACGACAGCCCCCCGGCGUUCGAGCGCAGGGAGUACGUGGCCACGCUCCCCGAGGACGUGCCAGUGGGGACCCAGGUCCUGCGCGUCUUCGCCGCCAGCAAGGACGCCGACUCCGAGGCCGAGGUCUCCUACUCCGUCGUCAGCGGCAACGAGCGUGGCGCGUUCAGCAUCGACUCGCGCACGGGUGACAUCUUUGUGAUUGAGCGCCUGGAUUAUGAAGCCGCGCAGGAGUACUGUCUGACAGUGGAGGCCGCGGACGGACGCUCGCCGUCCCUCAGCGACACGGCCACCGUCAACGUCAAUGUGACCGACGUCAACGACAACAGCCCCGUGUUCAGCCAGACAGCGUACGCCGCGGUGGUCGCCGAAGACAGCGAUCUGGGGAAAACCAUCAUCACGGUCGUGGCUCAGGACGGCGACGGCCCGUCCGGGAACCGCGUGCGGUACUCCAUCGUCAGCGGGAACCCGGGCAGCCCCUUCGUCAUCGACGCGGUCAAAGGCGAGGUCAAGGUCGCUCGGCAAUUAGACAGAGAGAAGGUGUCGGGGUACACGCUGACUGUGCUCGCCUCCGACAACGGAAAUCCCGCUAAAUCCAGCAGCGUCACGAUCGACGUCGACGUGUCCGACGUGAACGAUAAUCCCCCGGUCUUCUCCCAGGCCAACUACAGCCUCGUCAUCCAGGAGAACCGCCCAGAGGGAACCGCCGUUCUCCAGCUCACCGUGACGGACGGAGAUGCCUCCCACAACGGGCCCCCUUUCUCCUUCACCAUCGUCGGGGGCAACGAGGGAAACGCCUUCCAGAUCAACCAGGAGGGGGCGGUACUCACCGCUGCACGGCUGAACCGGAAGACAACGGAGCACUACUCCCUGCAGGUGGAGGUGUCCGAUAGUGGGAAACCGCCGCUGGCAUCGUCAGCGUUCGUCAGCGUCCGGGUCAUCGCAGAGAGCGUGCAUCCCCCCGCAGUCCUCCCCCUGGACGUGUUCGUAACGACCCAGGGAGAGGGCUACCCCGGCGGGGUCCUGGGGAAGAUCCACGCCAUGGACCAGGACAGCUACGACACGCUAACGUACAGCCUGGCUCCCGAAUACAGCGGCCCCUUCUCGGUCUCGCCCACCGACGGCAAGCUGGUGGCCCUGGCGGCGCUGGACGAGGGCCUCUACCCGCUCAACGUCACGGUGACGGACGGCCGCUUCACGGCAGAGGCUCCCGUCAGCGUGCACGUGCGCCGGGUCACCCAGCGGGCGCUCAACGCCUCCGUGGGUGUGCGUUUCGCCGGCGUGGCGCCCGAGGAGUUCAUCGGGGACUACUGGCGUAACUUCCUGCGGGCGCUGCGUAGCGUGGCGGGGGUCCGGAGGGCCGACAUCCACGUGGUGAGCCUGCAGGCGUCUGGGGAGCCCCAGGGCGUGGACGUCCUCCUGGCCCUCUCCGGGGGCCCCUCUCUCUCGGGCCUGGCCGUCUUCCAGAAGCUGAACGCCUCGGCCGAAGCCAUCGAGGAGAUGACCGGUGUGCACAUUGUCAGGGUCAUCGACAAGCUGUGCGCCGGCCUGGACUACUGCCCCCACAGGUUCUGCCAGGAGGUCAUCGCCCUGGAGAAGGGCGCCAUGGCGACGCACAGCACGGCCAGGCUAAGCUUCGUCACGCCCCGGCACCACAGAUCGGCUGUGUGUCUGUGCAAAGGUGGUAAAUGUCCUGUGUUGAGCACGCUAUGCGACGGUCACCCAUGCCCUGAGGGAAGUGUGUGUGUAGCCAAUCAGAAGGAGGCCGUGUAUACCUGUGCUUGUCCAGAUGGUAAAGCUGGAAAGUGCUCAGCGGGGCCGGCCCUGACGUUCGGCGGGAACGGCUACGUCAAGUACCGGCUGACGGAGAACGACAACAAAGAGGAGCUGCAGCUCUCGCUCCAGCUGAGGACCUUCUCCAGCCACGCCACGCUGAUGUACGCCCGGGGAACAGACUACAGCAUCCUCGAGGUGCAGAAUGGUAGGCUCCAGUACAGGUUUGACUGUGGCAGCGGGCCAGGCCUGGUAUCCGUGCACAGCGUUCAGCUGAACGACGGCGUGUGGCACACGGUCUCUCUGGAGGUCAACGGGAACUACGCCAAGCUGGUCCUGGACCAGCUCCACACCGCCUCGGGCACCGCGCCAGGCUCCCUCCGCACCCUGAACCUGGACGACGUGGUCUUUUUCGGGGGCUACGCCCGGCAGCACGCCGUCCGGCACGGAGCCAGGCACGGGCGCAGCCCCCCCGUCGGGGCCAGCUUUCAGGGGUGCAUGCAGGCCCUGGUCCUGAACGGCCAGGAGCUCCCCCUCGGGACCCAGGGCCACACCCGUGCCGUGCUGGAGGACAUGGUGGGCGCCGCCCCCGGCUGCACCAUGGCCCCGCCCCAGGGUUGCUCUGGCAACCCCUGCACCAAUGGAGGGACCUGCUCAUCUCUGCCCAAUGGAGGAUAUUUCUGUACCUGCAGUGCCUUAUUCAUGGGAACUCGCUGUGAAAUUGCCAAAAGCCCCUGCGCUUCGAACCCCUGUCUGUACGGAGGAAUCUGUGCUCCACGCGGUGGAGGCUUUCACUGCCAGUGUAGGGGGCAGUACUCUGGACAGAGGUGUCAGCUUGGGCCAUACUGUAAAGACCAGCCCUGCAAAAACAAUGGGAAGUGUAUCGAAAGCCUGGAUGGACCAGUCUGUGAAUGUGAGGGCGGUUACCAAGGAGACAGGUGCCUUGGUGACGUUGACGAAUGUCUGCGGAACCCGUGCGAUAACGGCGGGCGUUGUGAGAACAGCUACGGCUCCUACAGCUGCAACUGCACGCUGGGGUUCGGCGGGAGGCUGUGCCAGCUCAAGUCCGACGUCCGCAACGAGUUCAUCUCCACGUCCUGGAACAUCGGCGUGGAGGAGGUGAUCGGAAUAGUGGUGUUCGUGGUCAGCAUCUUCAUCCUGGUCCUCCUCUUCGUCCUGGUCCGCAAGGGCUGCGCCCGGCGCAGGAAGCCCAAGCCGGAGGAAGACAAGCACCGGCUGGGGAACUCCUUCCUCCACGGGCCCUACCUGGACCCCAAACUCAGCAGGAACAUCUACUCGGACGUCCCGCCCCAGGUGCCCGUCCGCCCCAUCUCCUACACGCCCAGCGUUCCCAGCGACUCCCGGAACAACCUGGACCGGAACUCCUUCGAGGGCUCCAUCAUCCCGGAACACCCAGAGUUCAGCACCUUCAACCCAGACCCCGCGCACGGACACCGGAAGGCCGUGGCGGUGUGUAGCGUCGCCCCGAAUCUGCCCCCUCCCCCGCCCUCGCUCCCCGCCUCCGACAGCGACUCCAUACAGAAACCUGCGUGGGACUUUGAGUUCGACGCUAAAGUUGUGGAAUUGGAUCCUUGCCUAAAGAAAAAGCCAAGCAAGAACCACUCCUGUCAGAGAAUCUCUGAUGUCCACUCGCUUGGCUCCUUCCACUCUGAGACCUACGAUGAUAGCGAGUAUUUUAUAGUUCAUGGACUGAAGAAUCCACGUGGUUACCAUUGGGACACGUCUGAUUGGAUGCCUAAUGUUCAUCUUCCUGGAAUCCAGGAGUUUCCACAGUACGGUUCUGUGGGAAGCCCCGCCCCUUUGUACAGCAAUCCCGCCAUUCUGCACACAGAUUACUAUCCUGGAGGCUGUGACAUUGAGUGUGACGUCCUGCCCCCACUGAAAGACUUCCCCGACCACAGGGAGUCGCCCCCGCCCCCGGAGCAGGGCGACCAGUACGGGACCCCGCCGCCCCCCAGGGCUGUGCCCCCCCCAGCCAGUCCACCGUCCUCCCCCCACAGCCAGAAGCUGCACAGCCUGCACAGGUACCUGCCUCACCACCAGUACCCCGCGGAGAUCCCCCUAACCUGUGACCCCACCGCAGGGGGCAAAGGUCACAGGGUCAGCUUCCUCACUUACCCCCCGAGCCAGGGGCCAGGUUUCGGGGCAGCCAGCGCGGACGUCCGCGCCUCUGAGGCCUCUCUGUCGGACGCGUCGGUGGUCGCGACGAGCGACUGCGAAAGCGGGGAGGAGGGUCACGUUCCAGCCCCCAACCCUGGCCUCGCGCCAAACUCCACGCAGCACACCGAAGUCUGACACUGAUUUCCAACGUUCAAGUGCCUCGACUGUACCAGCGCCAAGCUGGCGAAACGCACUGUUUCCCCACCGAGAGGCGAGUGCGGUCAGCCAUGUUGAGCGGCGAGACGACUCCAUUUUGGCUCUGCCACACGAAUGCACUGGAUCCAGCAGCCUGAUCUCCCACUGCACUGCAGACAGGCCCGUGUUAAUGGCUGUGCUUGAGAUAACUGUCACGCAUAAACACUGCAGGAACUAAAAAAGAAAUGUACAAUUAAGAGAGAAAGAACCUGCCUAACUGUUCACACGCAUUGUUCCAAUGAUGCAAGACACUUUUUUAAAAGUCCGCUGUCAUUUCGCGUGAAUCGUACUGUACUGCUUUGAGUUGAAAGAUGUUUACUAGAGUUUGUAGAUAUGUUAUUUUUUUUUUAUUUCCAAAAAGAAUCGCAGUAAUUUGUGUGCCAUUGGCCAUACUGUAUUUAUUACAGAAAAUAAGAAGUGUUUGUCAAACGUAAGGUCUCUGUGUGCCAGUAAACUGUGCUGUUUUGCGGGGGUCUGCACAUCCAUACAUUUUAUUUGUAUGUAAAUAGUAACUGUUGACUUUAUUUUUUCGCCACAAACAUGGACAUAACCGUUAUAUUUAUAGUAUGAAAUAAUGUAUGGACACAUGAUUUUCCAAGUGUCUGUGUGCAAGAUGGUCUUGAUGUGGAUUCUACUGGAUACUGCCACUAGCUCACUCUUUCCUACUGGCAAUAAAUUAUUCAUAAAAUGGCUGAUUCUUUGCUCCUAUUUAUCUAUAAAGAAAGAAGUGGUUACAGAAUACUAUAAUACCAUUGACAAAUCAAUGGUUAAAUCAAAUAUGACACAUGCUUAAAUUUGUGUAGAUUCACUGAAUGAUUUGUCUAGUUCAGAAUUUCAGCAUCAGUUUGUUGGUUCUUACUUGACUGAAGGCGGCCAUUUUGAGGUGAUAUAUUUCCUAAAAUGUUUUAAAAAUGUCAUAUCAGCACAUUAUCCAGCAUUACACCCUUUGUAUUUUCUGUACAACACUGUUGUCCUCUUUUUUGGCUAACAAUUUGUAGGUUUGUUUAUAUGUUAUACGUGUAAGAAAUGUGACAAAAUUGCAUAAAUCAUGCAGCGACUUCAUAAAAGGCUUUUGAAUA